CGGGAUGGUGAAGUUGGAGUGGUUGAGUCUAAACGGAAACAAGCUGAGAUCCAUACCAGCAGGCGUGUUCUCGGAUUUGCCAAAGCUGCAGCACCUGGACCUGAGUAGAAACAAGAUCACUUCCCUCGCCAAAGGGACGUUCAAGAAACUGCCAAGACUUGAGUGGUUGAAGAUGUCACACAACCGACUUUCCUCGAUUGAUGGUGGCAUCUUCUCCGACUUAUCCAAGUUGGGAGAGUUUUUCCUGGAUGGAAACAAGCUGACAUCUAUUGGCAAUGAUGCGUUUAUUGGUCUGAAGAAGUUGCGGUAUUUGAUGCUACAGGAUAACGAGAUCGGCACCGUGGAAGAAGGUGGGUAUUUCUACAACAGAUUAGAAUAUUUCUAUCAGGAGCUUGUUCAACUGAAGAAGCUGUCGUACUUCAGCGUGGACAACAACCCGUGGCACUGUGACUGUCGCCUGCAGAAACUCGUGGACUAUGUCAGACAGAACCGGGACAACAUCAAAACGCCGUCCGGCCAAAUCGCCCCCCUCCCCAACUGCACGACUCCAGCGUCUCUGCUCGGACAGAGUCUGUUGUCUCAGACUGAGGAGACUCUACAGCAGGAGUGUCUGCCGUCAUCACAGCCGCCCAAACCCUCACCUCCACCCAAAGAUAUCAUGAAGCAAUUUCGCUGGACGCCAGGGGUCGCUGCUUCCAUGCUCAACCACGAGGAAGUUACGCCACUGUUAAACAUCGCCACCGUGCGAGAUUGUGCGGUACUGUGCUGGAGCCGCGGAAAAACCGAGUGCCUGUCCUUUGAGUUCAUGCCUGUGAUUCAGAAGUGCGUGCUGAGGAAAGGGAACACCUACACCGUCGGCUUCCGGCUGCGCAUUGAACCAGGAGUCGCCUUCUAUGAGUUACGAGAAGAACUCAAGCCCCAGUUUAAGGUUUACGGUCGCGCUUUUGGAAGAAGGCGGCCCGGAAGAAGAGGAAAGUCUAAAAACAAGAAAGGCAAAAACAAAGAUCGGAGAGGGAAGAAGGGCGGAAGAAGGAGGAACAAGAAAAAAGACCGAACCGGGAAGAAGAAAGAAAGAAACGACCGCAAUCGAGGAAAGAGAAACCGAAAGGAUCGACGACGACGAAAAAACAAGGGAAAGGGAAAAGAGUCUAACCUGGUUUGGAUGAGAAAGGAGGGGCUAGGUCCACCGUCUCACAAAUCAGACGACAUGAAGAUGGUAACCAUGGCAACGGAUGUCGUGGCUGAUGACGUCACCAUUUUGACCAUUCCGGAAACGAAACAAGAUGGCGGCGACCUUGUCAAGCAGAAACGAAAACAUAGAAAGGGGAAGAAGAAGGGAAAUAGAAGGGCUAGAGGGAGGGCAAGAAAGAAAGGAAAAGGAAAGCAACGAAAGAUAGUGAAAGAAAGAAAUAGGGAAAACGAAAUUACAAGAAAUGAUAGUGAUUAUCCAGGAGUUUUCAACAAUGAAUGAAGGGUUGAG